UCUCUGUCUCUCUUUCUCUCUGUGUGUCUCUGUCUGUCUCUCUGUGUGUGUCUCUCUGACUCUGUGUCUCUCUCUCCCCCUGUCUCUCUCUCUCUCUGUCUCUCUCUCUGUCUCUCUCUCUGUCUCUCUUUCUCUCUGUGUGUCUCUGUCUGUCUCUCUGACUCUGUGUCUCUCUCUCCCCCUGUCUUUCUCUCCCUGUCUCUCCCUGUCUUUCUCUUGCUCUGUGUCUCUGUCUGCCUGUCUCUCUGUCUCUCUCUGUGUCUGUGUCUGUGUCAGUGUCUGUCUCUCUCUCUCUCUCUUUUUAAAGACCCAUGUGCUUCAAAAGAGGAAGCCAGGUUGCAACAACCCAGGGGAUUAGAAACGCUCUGAAAAUCAGGAAGCGGAAAGCAAAGGGACGUUUUUGAUGGCCAAACCUCAUUUUCCAUCCGCCUGACCCAGAUUUUCCACCUUUGAAGCUCAGAUCCAAUCGCUCUAGAUUGGGGGGCUUCGCAAGCAAAGGAGAAGCGCGCCCGGUUGCUCUGCGUUGCUUUAGAAGCCAAGAAGCGCGCAGCUCCGGGGACAGAGGUUUCCAGCUGCGUCUGGAUUCAACCCCGGCUGUUUCACACGUUCCCCCCGGGGGAGGAUGGAGAAUAACCUACCUUGGAAGGGCUUCGCAAGCAAAGGAGAAGCGCGCCCGGUUGCUCUGCGUUGCUUUAGAAGCCAAGAAGCGCGCAGCUCCGGGGACAGAGGUUUCCAGCUGCGUCUGGAUUCAACCCCGGCUGCUUCACACGUUCCCUCCGGGGGAGGAUGGAGAAUAACCUACCUUGGAAGGGCUUCGCAAGCAAAGGAGAAGCGCGCCCGGUUGCUCUGCGUUGCUUUAGAAGCCAAGAAGCGCGCAGCUCCGGGGACAGAGGUUUCCAGCUGCGUCUGGAUUCAACCCCGGCUGCUUCACACGUUCCCUCCGGGGGAGGAUGGAGAAUAACCUACCUUGGAAGGACCCAAAAAAUGUCAGAUAGCAGAGGUGAGAUGUUAACUCAAGAGGAAAAGGAAUGGAUAUUGCCACCUGAGCAGAACAUCUCAACAUCCAACACAGCGGUGCGUGAUGAAAAGACAGUGGAGAUCUCACCGCAAGUUGGUGAAAAGGAAUCUUCUGAAAGCACCAACAAGGACUUUGAAGAGCAACAGGCGUUAAAUUUGGAAGGUCCUUCAAAUGAACAACAGUCCAGUGGAGAAACAGCUAAGAGCGAUGUGACUGACUGCAGUGACUCUAUAAGCCUCGAUCCAGAAGUGGUACAUGAAGGGCUGAACGAAGAAAGGGAUGCGGAUUCGGUAUCCAAAGGAAAAGGAUGGAGCACUUGGGGGUCCUGGAGCAAAUCCCUUCUUUCAACUGCUUCUGCUACAGUUGGUCAAGGAUUAACAGCAGUGAAAGAAAAAGCCGGCAUUCUCCGAACUCGCGCCCCUUCUUCGACGUCUUCAGAUGGCGGACCUCCAGAGACCUCCGAAAACAUCGUCACAGAUGUGGAAGAAGAUCGACAGCAGAGUUUUGAAGAGAACGUGGCCUUGUCCUCAUCUCCUUCAGGAUCGCGGGGAGUGUUGUCCACCAUCACUAGCGCUGUGCAGAAUACCGGUAAAAGUGUCUUAACUGGCGGACUUGACGCUUUGGAAUUUAUCGGCAAGAAAACCAUGAACGUUCUAGCAGAAAGCGAUCCUGGAUUCAAGAAAACCAAAAUCCUGAUGGAACGGACCGUUUCUUUAUCUCAGAUGCUACGGGAAGCCAAAGAGAAAGAAAAGCAAAGACUUGCCCAACAAGCCACGAUGGAGCCGACAGCACAUUACGGGGUGCUCUUCGAUGACUUUCAAGGUUUGUCACAUCUGGAAGCUUUGGAAAUUCUGUCCAACGAAAGUGAAGCCAAGGUACAAUCGUAUUUGACAUCUCUUGAAGGAGAGGAACUAGAAGCCGCCAAAAAUGUGUUGAUUGCUAUUAAGGCAGUCUUCCUUUCGCAAGACUCAGAAAACCAAGACAAAGAAAUAAAAAAAGAUGCAAGAGAUGAGUUCAUUACAACGCUAACAGAAUUGCUAUUUGAACUACACGUCGCAGCUACACCUGAUAAACUUAACAAGGCCAGAAAGAAGGCUUAUGUUGCCUUAGAAGCGGCGAGUCUCCCCACAUCUGGAGACCUGGAAGAGAACCCACCAGACCAAACUAAAGAAGCAGAUGAGGAAAUUGUAGAAAUGCAAGUAACUGAAGAAAAAUCUCAGCUGGGAGAACCUGAAAAGACAGAAACAAAAAGAACCAAAACUGUAGAGGAACUUUACAUGUUGUCCAUUGAAAGCCUGGCUGAAGUAACCGCCCGUUGCAUUGAACAACUCCAUAAAUUAGCAGAAUUAAUUCUGCACGGACAAGAAGUUGAAAAGUCAGCCUUGGAACAAGCUCGAGGUCUAACAAAUUUAACCAACACGAUGUGUAACGAAGUGUCAUCCCUCUCAAAACAAUUCUCCGAUGUUUUGACUUUGGUUGCGAGUGACAAAAAAGCUGAAGUUCUUAAUCCAAUGGUCAAUAGCGUACUAUCCGAGGGCUGUAACAGCACCGCGUAUAUUCAAGACGCUUUCCAGUUGUUGCUUCCGGUUCUUCAGAUCUCACAUAUCCAAAUCCAUGGUUUGAAAACGCAACCGGGAUUUCCUCUAAACUAGCCAUCAAUUUAAUUUCUGAUGGGUACAGUUAAUUAAUAUCCAAAUGCCAUAUAAACCAUUCUGGAGUCUUUAGAAGGACACUAAAAUGCAGGAUUUGCACGGAAAGUAUCAAACAAA